UACUAGGCGAUCGCCGUAGCCAGUCCACCUCAGUUGCUCGUCAGCAUUCGAACGCGCUAGUUGUGUUGGCCGCGUUCGCACGCGCACGGCCGUUCUCAGUGUUCAACAACACCAUUUGAGUGGUACAUACGUUUUAUUAAGUACGCACGUUCGCGCCAUAUGAUAUUUUCUUCUAAUUUCAUUAAACUUGUUUUUUUAACCAUGAUCGUGUUUUGAGUGAAUUUUUUUUGUUAAUUUUAUUCGUGUUCAUAUUGUUCGGUACACAUUCAUGGGCAUCGCAAAAAAAAUGGAAUGGCUCAAGUGGAUACGAAAAUAUUCCACUGGCAUUCUGGAUUCGAAAACUGGUAGCAUGGAAACGCUAAUCGACUCGGUCAGUUCGAAAACCAUCAAUAAUUACGGUUACUCGUCUUCUGUGGUCGCCGACGAUGAAUUUAUUAGUCGCCACGACGAGAUUUCUACAUCAACACCAGCAGCCACCCCAAAGCAACGGCCUAUGUUGCCGCCACCCAUUUCACCAGAGUCACCUACUCCACCACCUUCACUGCCAAACAACGACUUUGACUGUUACGUUUCACUCGACGGAAUACCCAUCAAACAGGAAUUCCAGUAUACCGUUCAGUCGGAAACCGAUGGGUGCGGAAAAAUCACUAAACACGAAAUCUAACAAACCAGAAUCUUAUCACAGGACCAGGACGAAGCGUCGCGUCCCAUUGCAAUCAGAGACGCCAUCUGUUGUUCCGGUUACCGCCAGUGCAUUGCCCGUCACGCCGUCGGCCAAACCUAAAUCGCCGUCCAAGGUGGCCUGGAGCCCUUACGACUUUGAGCCGGUAGCACACGUGCCAUCCGCACACAAGAAACACCACCAUCAUCAUCGGGAACAACAAAAGGUCUACGGCAAUACGCCGUUGGUCACUGUCGAGGAACAAGUGGCAAAGUGGCUGAACCAACAUUCUUCGGCCACCGCCAAAGAGGCGGCCACAUCAGCUCAAGAACAAGAUAACACCAAAAACAAUCACCAGCGGUACAAACGCGCCAAAUUAGCAUCAAAAAAAAUUCAUCAUCACAUACAUGAGCACCACCACUAUCACCAUUAUGACUAUUACAUUGUAUAGACACCGAUGUAUUAUUAUUUUUUUAAUUAAUUUUAUUAAUUUAUUAUUGUCGCAUUAUUUGACCACGGUGAUGUCGUUAUGCAAUUUUAACUGGACAAGACAUGCUCUAUUUAUUUAAUUUAUUUUCAUUAUAAUUUUACCAACAGUAAUCCAAUUAUUUGUACGGAUUUUCCUUUCCUUUUUAUCCUUCCGGUCUUGUCCAGUUAAAAAGACAAACAACACACCGUCUGUAAUUUAUUUUUAAAUGCAUUUAUCUGUAUGCCUACAUUAGGAUUACAAUGGUUGACUAAAGUUAGAAUUAUGUAAUAAAAUUUAGUAUGUUUAGUAAAAUUGAAACGAUGAA